AUGGCAGCGUUGAACUCUCUGCGGCGCGCCGCGGGGCCUGGGGAAGUCGCAGGAGAUGUGGAGCCAGCCCGCCAGCUGAAGCGCCUCCUAUCGGAGGUGACAUGGCGACAUGUCCGGCGUUCGGCGUUCCUAGGUCCGGUCGCCGGUGUCGCCGGCGUCGCCGGGGUCGCCGUGGCCGUGCGGCUCCACGGCGGCAGCAGCGAUGCGAUGCUACAGCGACAUCUCAGCUGGGCGCAGGCACUGAAGCACUGGGCCAUACCAUUGUGGAUCUUAGCGGAUGAGACGUUUGAUGCUGAAGGCCAAAGCAGCCUUCGAGCGAGACUUUCCCGCAUAGCACGUGGGAUGGGCGACGACAUCCCCUUCUCAGUCUUUUGGUAUGGCCAAGAGGCCAUGAUCACAGAUUUCCCUGUCCUUUCAGAGAUUCAUGCUGCACUGCCUGAUCGACAAGAUGUGCGCGACUGUUUCCAGCUGCCCGGACCCAAGAGUUUGGCCUGGUGCUUCCACGUCGAAGCCUUGCUGCUAUGGUGGCGCUCCCUGGCAUCCAAACCAAAGUUCGUUUGGGUGCUGGAAGAUGAUGCGGGAUUUUCUGGUGACAUUGCCCAGUUCAUUUCGGCCUAUCAGGAAGAGACCAGCGACCUCAUCAGCCACGAGUUUCAAGUGGCGGAUCCAACAUGGGUCUGGUACGACGCAGUCUCUGAAACCUGGAAACUGGAAGAAGCCAAGACCACUAUGCCCAGGCUGCGCUGCGCAGAGCACGUUCAACGCUUCUCAGCAGGGCUGCUGGAUGUGCUGGAGGGCUUUGCAAUGCGCCAGGUGAGCGGCUGGAGCGAGACGUCUGUGCCCAGUCUGUGCCGGUGGGCGCGGAGAUCUAUGACCUCCUUGCGCCCGGAGCACGUGGGGCAGAUCUUCAGCUAUGCGGGGAAGGUGCCGAAAGAUGCAUGGCCACGCAUUUGCGAAGAUGCAAGAACCCGCGGCCGCUGGUGGCAUGCGCUGAAGUGGUAA